AUGACUGACACCGACUCCGCUGUCGCUGGUGUGUCGUGUACGACGCUUGCGACGGCGUACGAGGCGCGGCGACUGGCGAAGGUCCGUAGUGGUAGAAGCGCGCGAGGGGGGCUGAGGCGUCGCGCGGGGGAUGAGGCGCGCAGGGAGGAUGAGGCGCGCGAGGAGAAUGAGGCGCGCGGGGGGGAUGAGGCGGCGCGCGGGAGGGAUGAGGUGCGCGGGGGGGAUGAGGCGCGCGGGGGAGAUGAGGCGCGCGAGGGGGAUGAGGCGCGCGGGGGGGAUGAGGCGGCGCGCGGGAGGGAUGAGGUGCGCGGGGAGGAUGAGGCGCGCGGGGAGGGUGAGGCGCGUGGGGGGGAUGAGGCGGGGCGCGGGAGGGAUGAGGUGCGCGGGGGGGAUGAGGCGCGCGGGGGGGAUGAGGCGCGCGAGGGGGAUGAGGCGCGCGGGGAGGAUGAGGCAGCGCGCGGGGGGGAUGAGGCAGCGCGCGGGGGGGAUGAGGCGGCGCGCGGGGGGGAUGAGGUGCGCGGAUACUUUGAGGCGGGUGGGGAGCAAGCGAGCAUGGCCGCCGUGGCGGUGGCGGCAGCGAGCGCAGGGAGGGUGGCUGGCAAGGGGAGGAAGGGUGCGCUGGUGUGGGUGCCGCGGUGCUUCUUCCCGGAGGGGCUGGGAGGGGCGGGCAAGCAGUGA